AUGCGUCUGUCUCCAUCGGCUUAUCCUGUGCAUACACCCCAGCAGCAGCAGCAGCAGCAGCAGCAGCAGCAGCAGCAGCACCAGCAGCAGCAGCAGCAGCAGCAGCAGCAGCAAGAAGCUCCAGCUAGAGUGAAGUCGAAGGAAGCAGCAGCAGCAGCAAAAACAGCAGCAGCAGCAGCAGCAGCAGCAGUAAUACCACCUACCAACACCACCACCACCACCACCACCACCAGCAGCAGCAGCAGCAGCAGCAGCAACAGCAGCAGCAGCAGCAGCAGCAGCAGCAGCAGCAGCAGCAAACCUUCAAGGAGUUGCAGGUGUAGCUGGCAGUGUUUCAAUAAGAAGCUGCUGCUUCGCCGGUAUCUCCAUCGUCACAAAGGGAGAACCACGCACAAUGUAAGCCUUCAUCGUCUGCAGCAGCAGCAGCAGCAGCAGCAGCAGCAGCAGCAACAGCAGCAGCAGCAGCAGAAGCAGCAAGCGGAGCAGCAGCAGCAGCAAGAGAAGCAGCAACAGCAGCAAGAGGAGCAGCAGCAGCAAGAGGAGCAGCAAGAGCAGCAGCAAGAGGAGCAGCAGGAGCAGCAGGAGAAAGAGCAGCAACAGCAGCAGCAACAGGAGCAGCAGCAGCAGCAGCAGUAG